AUGGGUCUGUACGAGGAGAAAAAACAGUUAUACAAGCUAGUGUUGAGGGGAGAAUGGAGGCGUCUGCUGGAGGUAUGUAAGGGUGCGAGGCAGUUAGUGUUUCCGAUCACUAGCAAUCGAGACACGGCGUUUCAUUUGGCAGUGUACAGUGGAAAAAAAGAACCUUUAAAAACAAUUCUUGAGCAGGUGAUGGAGAUGGAUUACACAGAGCAUUGGAAAAGCUCCGCUGAAAACACACCUCUACAUGAAGCUGCCACUGCGGGGAAUUUGGAUGCUUUCAAGCUUUUGGUUGAGUUCAGGAAGGAGGAUUUGUUGGCGUUGAACAAGCGGGGUGAAACGCCUUUGUAUAGGGCAGCCAGAUAUGGGCAACUUCAGAUCGUUGAAUAUAUUUUGAAUGAAUGUGAAGAUUAUUACACUCGAUCUCCCCUAAAUUGGAUGGCAGAUGGUACUACUCCAAUCAUUCAUGAAGCCAUUCAAAGCGAGAACUUUGAGAUGGUUAUGAUGUUGGUGGAUUUCGACAAGUCACUGUUGGAGAUGAAGGAUUCAAAAAACCAGACGGCUCUCCACGUGCUGGCCAAUAUGCCACACAUUUUUGAGAGUGGAUACGUGAAGGGAUUUUGGGGAGAAUUGAUCUAUAACCAGGAUUUGUCGCUAAACAUAAACAUAAUUGGGAGGAGUUCCACCCACCCUAAUUUAGAAAAUAUUCAUGGGUUUAUAAGUAAGGAAUACAUCUAUGAAACGUUUCUAGAAGCACAAAGCAAAAUCAUGAGAGCUUAA